GCGUGUGGAACAUGGCUGGGAUGGAAACUCACAACACCAGGGAAGUGAACUGUAAAACUUCCAGCAGAGCUGAAGCUCCCACAGGAUUCAGUCUCACCCCACAACAGUGGCGUGUCCUGGGUUUAGUCACGCAGGCUUAGAGCUAGCGGCAAUUCAGUGUCAAGUUGUGUUUACAGGCUUUAAACACGGCGUUACUAAACGUAGGGAGAAGUAUGACGACAUCGACCUGGGCUUCCUGAACUGAAGUCAAGCUCCGUAACCUAAACCCAGAGCUCGACUCAGAGGACGCCGUAGGUGAACAAACACCAGCUCGGGAAAACACUUCAGUAGCACUCGGGGGUUGUAAGCUUCUUUUGUAAGACUAUACGGAGUCACUUUCCGGUGAAGCUUCACUUAGUUUAGUCAUGUCUCUGGUCGAGCAGAGCCAGCAGUGGUUCCCCACCAGUGUACAUGUAACGGUGCAUCAGGGUCGGAACCUGCGCGCUAAGGGCAAGCAUGGCACCAGCGACUCGUACGCCAUCAUCCAGGUGGCCAAAGACAAGUUCUCCACCACCGUGGUCGAGAAAAGUGUCGAUCCCGUAUGGAAGGAGGAGGCUUCCUUCGAGCUGCCACUCUUCCACCCGGGCAACGCUGAGCGGUGUACGCUGUACAUCAUCGUGAUGCACCGGGCCCAGGUGGGACUCGACAAGUUCCUGGGUCAAGCUGUGGUGAACCUGGUGGACCUCCAUGAGAACAAGGACCGCAAGAAGACAAAUUGGUUCAAGCUGGUGGACAAGUCUGGCAAAGAGGACAAGGCGCGAGGGGAGGUGCUCCUAGACAUACAAUUUAUGAGAAAUAACAUGUCAGCUAGCAUGUUCGACCUUUCCAUGCAGGACAAACCCCGCUCUCGCAUUUCCAAGCUCAAGGACAAAGUCCGUGGGAAGAAAAAGGACAGCUUCUCUGACUCCGCGUCGGCUAUCGUUCCUUCCGUCAGCCAGGUCCUCACCGACAGCGAGGGGGAGCCUGACACGCAGUCACUCAGUCAGUCUCCGGGAACAAAAAAGAGAUCCAAGCUUAAAAAGCUCUUUGUCCCCAAAUCCAACCUGCAACGCAACACAUCACAGUCCAUGUCCACGCUGGGAACUCUCCCUGAAAAGAACUCGUCUCUCAGCGGCAGCCGCUCAUCGGGCCUCAACGUAGACUCUCCUGAAGUAAAGAAAAAAUUCAAAUUCCUGGGACACAAGCGGACGGGCAGCUCCGACAGCAGGGUCUCUCAGGGUCCCUUCUCUUUACUGGGUCGCUCCAAACAGAGCAACAACGACCAGAACAGCCUGUGCAUCAACGGCAGCCAUGUGUACGCAGAGGAGAACGAGCCCAAGAGCGGAUCCACGCUCAGUCUGAACAGCUCGGGCCAGGGCUCUGUGGAGGAAAUCCGCAUAAGUGUACCUGACCCCACCCUCAGACAGGAGUCAUCAAAUAGAGCCAUCAUGGAGCAACACCGCCAUCAAGAGGAGGAGCAGAGAAGGCAGGCAGAGGCAAGGAGGUUGGAGGAAGAGGAGAAACACAAGGUAGAGUUGAAGAGACUGCAGGAGGAAGAUGAUCAAAAACGCCAAGAGGAGCAGGAGAGGAAGAGACGAUUCCUCGAGGAUGAAGCAAGGAGGAAGGAGGAAGAGGAGAGACGGAGGCAAGAGGAGGAGCGCAGAGCUGCAGAGGGUCAGAGGCUUGAGGAGGAGCAACGCAAAGCGGAGGAGCGGAAACAGCAGGAAGAGGCCUCCAUGAGUGAUAGGCUGUCCAGUCUCUUUGGGAUGCUCAGAAAGAAGGAGGAGAAAAAAGAGGAGGUGCAGGAAUCACCUCCACCUGCCACUAUCGUUGACACUAAAUCUCAUGAAGAACCAAACUCCCCUUUCUUUACCAACCCUUUUGAGGAUAUUCCUCUUGGCCUCGACUCCAAAAAUCUCGAGCAACCCACCUCGCACCACUCCUCCAACCCAUUUGACGAGAUUCCUCUCGGCUCGGAUCCAGUCGUCGGCAAGAAUGAAAGCCCAGCUGAUCAUCAGAAACCUGGCCGUACUCCACAACCCCCCUCUGCCAUGGGCUUCCUCAACCGCACUGCUAAAGUGUCUGCAGUCAAACCCAGAUUGACUCAGUCUCUGGUGUCUGAACCCCCUGACAUCCAAACCCUCAGUCCGCCGUGUCCUUCCCCAGAAGACACUUCUGACUUCACCCUCUCUAGUGUCUCCUCCGAUUCCCCGGCUACGUUCUCCAACCUCCACUCGUCCUUGGCUCCACCGAGCUUGAGUCAAAGCCAGUCUAAUUCUCCGUUUGGAAGCACAGAGAGUUUGGCAUCUGUGGAAUCUGUGGAAUCUCCAGGCGCCAUGUCGGACAAGAGGAGAACGGCCCUUCUGCCAAACAUCUAUCCUCCACCUGGGAGCCACAACGACCCCAUGAGUGAGAUCAAGAACCCUGCUAAUGCGGGAGCAAAAAAGUCUGUGCCUCUUCCCGAUUACGAAACCCUCUUUCCACAGAAGAGGCACGGCGUACAAGGGGAAACUCGAUGGGAUCAUAUCAUCGCAGAGGUAAAUCAGAAACACAGGGACACCCCGCCGAUACUUCUGGGUCCAGAGAUGAGCGUGGAUGCCCCGGCGCAGCACGACCGAAGUCCGAGGUCUUCUGUAUCACUGGAUGGUCCUGCCUCGCGGCAUUAUCAAACGCACCUCCAGGAGACCAAACCUGUGUCAUCCAAAAAAGCAGCAGCCCCAGCUCCACCUAAGCCGUUCUCAUCUCUACGUACACAGCCACCAGAUGUCUCAACUCAGUGGCAAAACCAGAACACUGCUCAUCAAUCUGCCCUCAGACAGAGUCCGCCUGUGGUCCAAGACCCUUUGUACCCUGACUCCUCAAGCAGAGAAAGUCUCUCGGGGACGUCCAGGGACGGAGAGAGGAGGGCGACGCACUCGCUGCCCGUUGCGACACACGUGUCCAGAUCGACCAGCCAAAGAAAUGCAAGUCUUCCAGAAAAUGAAAGGAAAGCGCCGGUCUCCGUAAACCAAGAUGCACCCACAGCCAAACCCAGACAGAAGAGGGACAAAGAGCAGCAGGAAGAUUCUGCUCUGACAGCGGACAGAUAUAUGAACCGUCGGACUUCAUCUGGUGAAAGUACGAGACGCUCGGACAAAAAUGUGGAGCAGGCAAAGGAGGACUUAUCGGCCUUUGACCCGUACUUCAGUAAUGAGCGUCGCUCCAAAGACCCGCGGACACAGCAGAACAAAGAUGACCUUUUUACUGGCAACAUGGAAAAAAAGGACAAGCCAGAAAGUCGGGGAAUGACAGCAGGUGACCUUGAUGAAAUCUUUAGCCAGGACAAGCCAGCGGAUCCCUUUGCUAGUGUUCAGGGCAGUGAGAACAGGACAAGUGCAGACUCAAAGCCAAUUAGUUUUUAUGCUUUUCAAAGGAGCAACUCGCAGAGGCAAAAACAGGCCCUGGCAUCAAAAGCUAACUCGGAUAGUAAAGGUCCCCAGACUCCACAGGAGCAAACAACCAAGAGUGGAGCUAAUCAAGGCCCCGCUGCACGAGACGUCACCAAAGAGCCUCAAGCCGACGUCAUAACCCAAAACUUUUACAGAGGAGAGUCUCAGUUUGGAGCUGAAACUAAUGCUGCUUUAAGCUCCUCUGAGUCCCUCCAGAUGAUUAUGGAGGAACCGGCAGAAAGUCUGUCUGCUGGAAAGACACCAUUGCAAGCAAGGGUCUCACCGUCUGACGUUCAGACUGUCAGUGCUCAGAACGGCACUGGAGGUGGUCUAGUCCUGUCUGCACGCAGGCCUCAUCCCGUGAAGCCUCUGACGUCACUUGAGAGUCCGCAUACCAACAGCAACCAAUCUGUGAAAGACAUUAAAGUGUGGGACAACACACCCGGAAAGAUUAAGACUCUGGCAGACUCGGGUCGGAGCGGCCCCUUCAGUCAGCUGACGCAGGAUGAGCUGAUCACGCUGGUGGUGAAGCAGCAGACGGACCUGUCCAAGAAGGACGCCAAGAUCGUGGAGCUGGAGGACUACAUCGACAAACUGCUGCUGCGCGUCAUGGAGGAGAAACCCAGCAUCCUGGCCGCCAUCAAACCGGUGUAAGGAAGUCAGUGAGAGACACUCGUCUAUGAUCUAUUAUAAAGGUCUUAAAAGCAUAUGCACUUGAAGAACCAUUUUUUAAUUAGUUUCAGAAUGCUGGAAAACAUCUCUGGACUAUUAAUAUUUGGUUAUUAUAACAAUAACAAGCAAACAUAAACAAUAUUUAUAUGAGCUGAUGAAUGUAUUUGUUGUGACACUAAGGUACUGCAAUUUGAAUUUAAUUGUUACAUAAUAUACAUAUACACUGAGAUAUAUAUGUAUGGAACAUGGGUUGAGGUUUAUUUAUUUAAUACACACGCAGAAAAAGUUCUAUUUUUCUUAAUUAUGACCUAUUUUGAUUCUUUAUUCUGAUUUGUCUUGUUUUUUUUUAAACCCUUAUACUGGGCAGAUACUUUGUGUAAUUUGUAUAUAAUAACCACACUAGGGCUGCGGCGUUUCAUAGGUUAUUAAUUGAUCAUUAAAUGAAUCCUCAGCUAUUUUUUUAUUAAAAACAAGUUGUCUUAUUUGUUUUUAUCUUCUUAACCGUGAAGAUUCUCUGGUUCCUUUGCUUCAUAUAACAAAGAAAUCAUUAAAAGUGAUUAAAUUUGACAAGACAGUUUUUUUUUUAUUAUUAUUAUUUUAUGGACCAAACAACUCAAUAAAUUGAGAAAAAUAGUUGUUCCAAAUUCAUACACUAUCUCAAUGAGGUCUGAAGUUUGUCUUAAUGAAUUCAAUCACUAACUUUUGGCCUCAUCAGCUGAAUAAAUAUUAAGAGGACACUAUCUUUUAUUUUCCGUCGUCUUAUUUCCAGCAUGUAUUUUUGUAAACUAGAUCACAAACAACCAGUCUUUAAAAUUAUAGAUAAAUAUUGUGCCUUUACUUUUUGCUCCAAAGAGGUUUUUUCUUAUAAAGGAAAAAACAGCAAUAAAUAACAACAACACAACAUGCAAACAGCUACGAUGCACUGUUCUUACUUUAAACAUCCACUGUAGUAAUUACCUGGAUUUGUAUUGUAUUGUACCUUUAUGUGGUUCUUGUGCUGGGGAUGGGACGAUAUACAUGAAGUCGAUUAUGGUGAAUUUCACUUCUCGAAAUCAUGUUUUUAUGUGAUGCAAGUGACUUAAAAAAUGCUGGGUUUUUUUGCUCGCCAACAUACAGUCCUGGUUAAAAAUGCAUUGAAAGGGCCACUUCACCCAAAAAAUAUACAGUUUUUUACUAAUUUCCAGAGAUAAAUGUGUUAUUCGAUCAUCAGACGUUAAACAAACACACAUGAUUUUAACUUUUUUCUUCAUUUGACCAAGUGGGGAAAAAAUGGGUAAACAAACCUAAUAACUUAUUACCAAAAUGUAAGGAUUUCUCAUUUUAUUUUGUCAUUUUAAGAGAGAAAAUCUGACUAUUUCUGACAAUCUCAUAUCGUCCCAUGCCUGGCUUGUGCACAUCAUUAUGUGGAAAAACCAAAUCUGCAAGUAAAAAGUCUUCUAACAAUGUAAAAAUGUUGAACACUGUGACGUUUAUUGUAUUUAUAAAAUAAAAGAUCAAAAAAGGAAUCACCAGAGCAACAGUCACAGCCUCGUCAAGAGUGGAGUUUGAACUCCGCUAAUGAAAGCGUCUCUGCCUUCGUACGCCGUCAUUCUCUUUGAUGUCCAAGCAGAGAAAUAAAGCAAUAUACAACGAGAACGUGCAGCGCCGUGCCUUCAAAAAGCUUCUUCCUCUGCAUGCAGAACUACGUCUGAUGUUUGUCUGACGACGGCGAUAAUCCAUCAUAAUCCAUCCCAUUGUCGCCGUCAGAACAUUUGAAAGGACGACGGACUUUUAAUGGGAAACAAUAAAGACGCUGAUAAUCUCACCACGGGUUUUUGCCUUGUCUGUGUUUUCUUACAAAUGUUUCAUGUACAUCGUCAUCUUCAAACACGCCACGUGUUGAUUUUGUGUUUGUAAGAUAAUUUAGUCGAGCUUCCAGUUUAUCUACAGUUUAUUUACAUUUCCUUGUGUUUAUUAAAACUGCAUCCUUUAUUCUCGACGAACAGCAUACGCGUACUUUAGCAGAAAAUCGUGUUUUUGUCUCCUGUGCGUCGGUGAGCUGCCGUUCCAAGAAAUUAUCUUUGGCCUUUUGGAGGAAAAUGAAAGUGUAUGUAUUCAUGACACAUUUUCAAUUAAAUGGUUCUUUUUGCC